AUGCAGAGUGGUCUUGACCAAGCAAAUGCGGGAAUUGCUAAUCUCGAGGGGAAGUUCGCCUUAAUCGAGGAUCGCCUCGAGAAUUUCGAUGUUCGGCUUACCCUCACGGAGGAUAAAGUUGACCGUCUCCCAGGGAUUGAGGAAAAUCUCAAGCAGCUUCAGACUGAGUUUGCUACAUUGAAAGCCAAUGAAAACGAUAGAGAUCAGUUUUGCCGGCUCAACAAUGUCGAAAUUAGUGGUGUUCCCCAAAAAGACAGCGAAAAUUUAGUGUCAAUCCUAAAUGCUAUAUGUGUUAAGGUUGGUUUUGGCCUGCUCGAUACUGAUGUCGAUUCUAUACAUCGCGUACGUCGAUUCCCGGUUUCUGUGAGUAACGGUAACCGCGCGGACCCCAGGCCCCCGGCGAUCGUCGUGCGUUUCUGCCAGCGUCGCCGCAAGGACCAGCUGGUGACGGCGGCGCGCGCGCGCCGCGGCCUGACCAGCGCGGAUGCCGGUCUCCCGGGCCCGGCGGUGCCUAUCUACGUGAAUGAGCAUCUCACGGCUGUAAACAAGGUGCUACUUAGGCGGGCUCGUGACAGGAAAGCAGAGUUGAAUUUCAAUUACCUUUGGGUUAAGCAGUGCAAAAUAUACAUGCGAAAGAGUGACAGUUCUAAGGUGUAUGUCAUAACGAACGAAGCCGACCUUAAGAAAUUAAAAUGA